ACCUGCAGAGUUCCCAGCGCCUCAGGGUCCAUCUGACUAUUUAGGUGAGCAGGUUUCUCCAGCUGGCCCAGUCUCCAGUCUCAAGAUGUCGUUCGCGUGGACUUUGGGUCUCCUCUGUCUGGCCUUCGCUGCAGCUCACGCCUUGGAGGUCUGCUACGAGGAGCUGGGCUGCUUCGAUAACCUUCCUCCAUGGGGUGGCACCGACCUGCGACCCUCCACCCUUCUGCCCUGGAAACCUGAAGAGAUCAACACGCGCUUCCUCCUCUUCACGCAGAAGAACCGCUACUACCAGGAGAUCAAGAAGACCAACAUCCAGGCCUCCAACUACAGCGGCCUGAGGAAGACUCGCUUCAUCAUCCCGGGUCACCUGGAGAGUGGAGAUGAAGACUGGCCUCAGGACAUGUGCAAGGAGAUGCUGUCCAAGGAGAACGUCAACUGCAUUGCUGUGGAGUGGAAGAAGGGUGUGAGCACCAACUACGCUCAGGCGGUGAACAAUGGCAGAGUCCUGGCUGCCCAGGUGGAGUCCAUGCUGACCUUCAUCAUGGUCACCUACAAGCAGACCGCUGAGAAGUUCCACAUCAUCGGUCACGGCGUUGGGGCGCACGUGGCCGGGGACGUCGGGAGCAGGGUCCAGGGUUUGGCUCAGAUCACAGGACUGGACCCGCUGGAGCCGUACUUCAGUGGCGCCGACGCCGCUGUGCGUCUGGACACCAGUGACGCCACCUUCGUGGACGUCAUCCACACGGACGGGCUUCCCUUCAACUCCAAACUUGGGUUGGGCAUGUCUCAGCCCAUGGGACACGUGGACUUCUACCCCAACGGAGGGGAGCUGAUGCCUGGAUGCUCCAAGAAUAAGGGAAAACCCACAGACCUUGAUGCCAUCUGGCUUGGAACAAAGAAGUUUGAUUUCUGCAACCACCAGCGAGCCUACCAGUUCUACAGCGAGGCCAUGGUCACGCCCAGAGGCUUUGAGGCGUUUCCCUGUGUGGAUGCUGAGACCUUCGCUGAGGGGAAGUGCUUCCCGUGCACCGAGGGCCAGUGUCCUCACAUGGGCCUCCACACCGCCAAGCUCAUGCAGAACACUGACAUGUUGGACAGAAAGUACUUCUUGACGACAGGAAACUCCAUGCCCUUCAGUCGUUACAGCUACAAGGUGAAGGUGACUCUGGAUGGUCCCAGCUGGCCCAACCCUGGCUACAUGUACGUGGCUCUGGCCGAUGGUGAGGAGGUGACCAAAGAGUUCCAGCUCCAUGUCGGAACUCUGAGUGCGGGAAAAACCUACGAGGUUCUGAUAAACGCUGAGGUGGAUGUAGGCUCGGUGACAGAGGUGAAGUUCAGGUGGAACAACCACAUUGUCAACAUCCUCAAGCCUAAAUAUGGAGCGUCCAAGGUGGAGGUGCUCAGAGGAGACAACAAGAUCUCUGUCUUCUGUGGGACUGGUAACGUGGUGGAGAACGAGGUCCAGUCUGUCCUGCCCUGCUCGACAUAGUUUUAAAAAAAGACCUUCUUUCAAACAUGUUUUGUGCUGGAAAACAGGACAGAAGUUGCAGG